AUGUCAUCGACGACUUCCUCACGAACAUUCAUAUUCACCCCACCACCCGAUGGCGCACCUGUAGGAUGGGUACCGUCCAACGGAGAUGAUACCUCUACAGGAGGGGGAGGAGGGUUAAGUAAGACCGUAUUGUCUAUAGUAUUGACCAUAAGUGGAGUGGUGGGAUUUUGGUUGAUAGCUAUGAUGUACUGGAUUUAUUCAAUACGUCAAUUGAAUAAGACCAAAUUAAUCGCUCAACAUUCAACCGAAGGUCGUCGACGAACUUGGAUAGAUUCUACCAAUAUCCCUUCACCACCUAUCUCACCUAUGACACAUACUUUUGGGUUCGGUAUUGGUAUUGGUCGAAAUACCCAUAACAAUGUUAAAUCGGAACAACAACACUCGUCUAGCAGUAAUAGUGGGAGUAGUUAUCAUAGACAAUCCAUUACUUCUACUCUUGUAGGGUCGGAAUAUACGAUCAAGAGCUCAGAGGGUGGUACGAAAGGGAUCUUGAAGAUUGAGAAUGGAGAGAAAGACAAAGAGGAACGUAGGUGUUGA